GUCGGACAAGUAGAUACUGUAACUCUGCAGGGGCUAUAAGCUGGCAUCAAUCGCAACUCAAUGUGCAAUCACUGCAUCAACUUUCUGGCUAACAGCAUCCUGAACAAGACCUUCAAUACUCAACACACGGCCACAUACGACCUCGACAUGGCUCUAGUUCCACCCACGACGAACCUCAGAGAGCAGAUGGAGACCACAGCCCGAGCCUUCUUGUCGGCAUUCGAAGAGGGCGCAGCUCACAGCGACCCAUCAGUCAUCAAUCGUGAUCUUACAUCUGACUGCACACGUCAUUUCCUCCCGGCAACUGUUAUGAAAGCUUUCGGACUUGCGGCAGGUGCUUCCUUCGACACGAACGCUUUUCAAAGCAUGUUCGGGAACGAUAUUAGAGUGCUGCACUUCAAGGAUAACGUCAUGUCCAACUUGGCCAUUGACGUGGAGGCGCGCCGCGCCGCUUUCACAGCGAAAGCCGAUGUGUUUGUCAGGAGCAGCGGGAAGACGUAUUCCUCUGAGGCUGCUUGGUUUUUGUACUUCAAUGAGGAUGGGUCCAAGGUCAAGAAGGUGGUUGAGUUCUGCGACAAGGAUGCUCUGUUGGAGAUGGCAAGCGAUGUGGCCGCUGCAUAGGGAAUGUAAAGAUGAGUCAGAUAUAAGCUAGGGAGCUAGGAAUGACAAGGAAUGACGUUGCGAUCGUGUUGUGCUGGAGAUAACGCACGGCGACGCGAUUGCCGGCCACUGUCGAUGCAUCUUGGCUAUACUCACUUGAAAUUUCAACAAGCAAGUCAACGAGGG